CCACCGCUGAGGCGGGCGUGGGGCAUCCCUCCCCGGCAGGAGCGGGGUUGUAACCAGAAGCAGUGAGGGAAGCCCUGCCUGGGCAGAGGGACGGGAGGUGAGCGCCGGAGUGUGCGCUGGCGCUGCCCCUGCGCUCGGCGGGUUGUCAGACCCUGUGGAUGAAACGGUGUUCUCAGGGCUGUAACUGCUCUGAACCAGAACUGCUUAUUUCCCCAGGCCUUUCUGGCUUUCUGAAGGGUGAAUGUGUUGGAUCUACCGGCACUCCUGGAGAAAACUUGGGCCAUGAAAUAACAGGUUUAAAGCAAGACCACUUUCCUCGGCUCUUUUUGGCUGCCUGGAUACCUACUGCACCUGGAGGUCAAUUGUUCCACGUUAACAUGUCUACACUGACCCUCCAUUAGGUUGCAGUUCCACUUGUUACGGAGCAUGAAAGCCUUCAGUGUUUGUCCUGCAAUUUUGAUGGAACGUGUUGUAGUAAGCAUUUUCUGCAGUGGUUUGCAGUCCUCACUGUAAGGCAUGCAAAGCUGCUUUUCCAGCUCCCUCACUAAGAAGUAAAAUCCCCCCCCCCGGUAAAGGAGACGGAGCAGAGCAAAUACUUUCUGCGCUGUGAAUUGCCCUUUACUAAAAGAUGGGAGAACUGUCAUUUUAGUUUUGUAGUUAUUAUCCUCUUAACACAUGAGGAAAACUGAUUUUUGUGCUGCUGUCAUGCCUAAAAGCUGUGAGUACAAGUUGGAAAGAGGGAACUAUUCGUAAAGAGGAAGACUCAAGAGUAUGGGGGCGAAAGCAUCCCAUUCUUUGUAGCAGUAAGAAGAGGAUGGAAGAGAAACCUUGAUUGUUCUGGCAUUGAGAGGCGCUUCAAAAUGACUUUCUGGUCACAGCAAAUGAAGUUUCUGAAUGGGAUCUGCAGUCUUCUAGGAAACCUUAGGUGGUAAAUGGAGUCAUUAGACCUGGGGCUUUGUCCCUAGCUGUAGUGGAAGCCGCCCUCUGCUUGAUGACCUUAGUCCUGAGGAUGAAUAGAAAAGCUGGUGACUUUUUCAAGCUCUCCUUAUCCAAACAAGCACAGGGAAUGCCCCUCCUCCUCGUCACUGGCGAAGCAUGGGAGGUUUGCUUAUACCUUUCAAGAAUGGCUCUUUUGCUGUGAAGUCUCGCAGGGACUGUAUCUGUCCACUUGUGAAGGAAACUCAGAACUGACCUUGCCUUUCUUCCUUGUAGUUAUCUUCGCUUUGGUGUUGAUUUUAUUGCUCUUCUUGUCCUGUGCAGCACGGAUCUUCCCUUGCACCUCUCCUCUUGCCUCCCACAUUUGCCACUUUAUCUCUCUUGGAGGGAACAGGAACCUUAAUAAAUAACCUGAAAACUAAUUAAAAGAGCUCAUUCGUAUGCCUUACUGUCACAGGACUACUAUGAUGCUUUUUUGUGAUACAUCUUGUAAAUUAUAAAUGGAAUUUUAUUACAUAUGUAUGUGUAUGAAUAUGUAUUGUAUAAUAUGGAAGGAAUUUAUACAAGGGAAGCGUCUUUCUAAUUAUAGCUCAAAACUAUGAGAGAGAGUUUGAGAGUUUUGGCUAAUCACCGAUUUUGUUCUUUAUUAGCUGUUUGUUUUCUUACAGCAUACUGUAAGUUAAAAGCUGUCUGCAUCUGAGAGCUUGGCUUUGGUUAGAGGCACUGGGAGUGUAGUGCGCUGGGUCCCUUCACUGGGACUUCCCAGUGAAAAAGGAGGAUGUGCUAAAUCCUCUUCCUGUAGGUCCUGUUCACAAAAAGAAAUUGCUGAGGCAUGAAUGCUGUGAGAAUGGAAUUGGAAAUAGAAACUGCAGAUGGGUAAAAAUUGUUAACGGUUUUGUUUUGUGAUGAAUUAUCAAGGAUUAUAGGCAGUCGUUCUUUGAAGUAUUUUAACUUUGUGCUGAGCACAUUCACUUGGUUAUUUACAAAUAUUGCAGGAGCAAGAGAAAAGCUAACUUUUCGAGUGAGUGGUGACUCCCCUUCAUCUUUGCAGGCUAAGGGAAGAGCCACAUCACAUAUUCUGCAGCUGAAGAAAUUCUGAAGCUGGGCUUUUUCCAUCACCUUUAAUACUGCCUUCUUACAGUAGUGGUGCAUGGGGUUUGAAACUGUAAGCUCUGGAUGAAUUGAGCAAGCAGAGAGUAAUUGCAUCUUAGCAGGGCUUACCAACUGGGUAUCUUCUGUGAAAAUCCAGUUUCUGGAUAUUGCAUCAGUGAAGAAAGAUGAUAUGAUGGAGCUCCUAGAGGAAGAUCUCACCUGUCCCAUUUGCUGUAGCCUCUUUGAUGAUCCUCGCGUCCUGCCAUGUUCACACAAUUUCUGCAGAAAGUGUCUGGAAGGAAUUCUUGAGGGAAACGUGCGGAAUGUGCUUUGGAGGCCGUCCCCUUUCAAAUGCCCUACGUGCAGGAAGGAAACUCCCGUUACUGGAGUCAACAGCUUGCAAGUCAACUAUUCCCUGAAAGGUAUCGUGGAGAAGUAUAACAAAAUCAAAGUAACUCCGAAAAUGCCCGUGUGCAAAGUGCACAGCGGGCAACCCCUUAACAUUUUUUGCCGGACAGACAUGCAGCUCAUCUGUGGGGUUUGUGCCACCCGUGGUGACCAUACGAAGCAUGUGUUCUGUUCUAUCGAAGAAGCUUAUUCCCAGGAGAAGCGGGCGUUUGAAACCCUGUUUCAGGGCUUUGAAACUUGGCGUUGUGGAGAUGCCCUCUCGCGGCUGGAUACCUUAGAAACCAGUAAGAGGAAAGCUCUGCAGAUGCUGACCAAAGAUUCUGACAAGGUGAAGGAGUUCUUUGAGAAGCUGCAGCACACGCUGGAGCAGAAACGUAAUGAGAUUCUCUCUGACUUUGAGACCAUGAAGCUUGCAGUGAUGCAGGCCUAUGAUCCGGAGAUCAAUAAACUGAACACAAUUCUGCAAGAGCAACGGAUGGCUUUUAACAUCGCAGAGGCCUUCAAAGAUGUGUCUGAACCCAUUAUAUUUCUGCAACAGAUGCAGGAGUUCAGGGAAAAGAUCAAGGUGCUCAAAGAAACCCCUUUACCUUGUUCCAGCGUGGACAUCAGCCCUACAAUGAAGAGCUUUGAUACCAGCCAGUGGAAUGGAAUAAAACUAGUUGAUGUGGACAAACUUUCCUUGCCUCAGGAAAACAACACUCUGAAAUUCAAGAUUCCCUCAGUCUUUUCACGCAGAUUUAUAGUGACCUCUCUUAUUUGCUUGCUUAUUCUUGCUGUCACCAGAACGUCCUUUGUGGAGUCAGUCGUUGACAAUCUCCAGUGCUGGAAAUCUCAAUUCUUUACAAUUAGCUUGUCCUAUUUGGCAGAUACAGUGGAGAUAGCAGAUCAUGCAGUCUUUUACUGGGAACAGAUGACAGAUGGAGCUUCACUUCUGAGAGAAAAGUGUAAAAACUAUACGUUGGUUGUACUGGAUAAUGUUGCACAGUUUGUGUGCAAAUAUAAACUGUUGUGAAGUCCCUGCUGAAAUAAUAAGAA